GCUUGACUCCCACCAGCCAUCAUCAUCCCUUCAUACCGCUUCCUCCAUUUCCCUCCAGGCCACGUCUCCUUUCAGACUUACUCCUGUUCAUCCUUCUUUUUCCGCCGAUACUUCUUCAUCUUCUACGUCGCCUAUCUCUAUACAGCGGCCUUUGUCCCCGCGUCGUUCUCCGACACUCUCUCGCUCCUAUCCUCCUGUGAAGACACAUUCGCCGUCAAUGUCACUACCUCGUCCAUCAGUAUCUCCGACAAUAUCCAAAUCACCAUUGGAGGGAUUUGGACCGUUGGAAGCACUGGUGCAGGCAGCGACGGAGGAGCGAAGAAGGUUGAGUGGAGACUUGCCCACUGUGGGUUGGCAGGGUACGGGAUCAGAGACAAGUCCUCGGUUAAGAGCUGCUCCCGCAAGUCCCGCCCUUGUAGCUGCACCAUCACGUUCAUCCUAUUCGCGUUCGCCUGAGCCAUUGUCAUCACCACCAGACCACCCUCUUGAAUCAGCCUAUGGUCAACUCUCAACGUCACCGACCGUGAGCUCUACACGACUAUUGCCGAAUGAUAAUCUUCCUGAGAUCAAUGCUCGAACCCUACGCGAUGGUGAACCACCGCCCAAGCGUCGCAAGAGUUCCAAUGAAUCUCAGCCGCGACCUCCCCCUCUCGCACAACAUUCAUCACGCUCACCGUUAGUGCGGACUAGAGCUCUAAGCCCUGUGUCUGUACUUGACAUGAGGGGACGCGACCCAACAUUUGCAAGACCAUCUGUUUGGGACAGUCCCAGAGAUCCCUCGAUAAUAUCUUCACCAAGGGUGAUCGGCCAGUCUACUGCCACUCCUGUGGGUGUGCGCUCCCACUCUCAGGCGGGCAGCGCAUCAAGAGAGCUUGUAGAAGAACACAGGUUCAAUGGCUUGCCCUACGACCCCAGAAUCAACGAGACUCGCCCAGUUCCGGUUCCAGUCCCGCGCCGAUCUCUCAAGCAGGACGAUGCACACGAGUGGUUACUGGAGCACUACUCGUCAUCCCAACAGUCUGUUGUUGCGUUCUCACCUACCGAUCAUGUCGGGUCAGCUGUCUCGCAUCUAUCCUCGUUGAAGUUGGAGUCGCACAGUCCAAUCCCUCAAGUGAACGUCCGUGGUGCAUCCAGGUCUCCUUCUGAAGGUGGUCAAUCUUUGACAACUUUCGCGUCACCCGUGAUUCCUGCCCAUGUCUCUCAGCAGGCGAUUAUGGAUUCGGAUAUUGAUAUGGAACUUGACCUUGCUGUGUCUUCCCAUUAUUCGACUUCGAGGCAGACUGUCGCAGACAAUGAUGUAGAUGAUGAGUUACUCAGUCUCGUGGAUGACAGGCCUCGCUCGUCAAGUUCUAGCAUGAAGCCGAUAUCAGCACGCUCACCGAUCCCACCUUCCGGAUCUCCUCGAAAGCCAACACCCUCGCAAGUGACGUCCCUCAAGAAUAGUUAUCUGAGUGGUGUGCGGUCUCCUUCCAUUGGUACUCAAGCAGACCGAGAUUCCAUGCCGCCGCCUGCGGUUCCACUCGAUCAUGGAGGCAAAGGCGCAAUGACCAACUCUAAGAGUGGCGGGCGUGCUGAGAGCGCUGGGGCCACCCAGUCCAAGAAAAAGGACAGUGGCAAGGCAAUGGCGAGGACCAAGCAAAUACCGAAGGCGAAGCCCAAACCAAAAGGCAGGGCGAAAGUCGUGAAGGAUACUACAGCUGGUACUUCACAAACACACUUGAGCCCUUUGGUCCCGACUACAACCGGACGUGGUAAAAAGAGCUCACCUGCUGCAACACCCGGUGGUAAGCGUGCUGUGUCGACUGUUGCGGGUACACAGUCGCGUUCGAGGUCGACCUCCGUUUUACCUCCGGAAUCCAAUAAGGACUCGCCUGCCGAAGCUGAGGCAGAAGAGACCGUAGACGACAAGCUCUAUUGUGUUUGCAAGACGAGCUAUGAUGAGGACCGGGUCAUGAUAGCUUGUGAUCGAUGUGAUGAAUGGUAUCAUACGCAAUGCGUUCAAAUGCCCGAUGACGAGGUGGAUCUUGUGGAUCAGUUCAUAUGCCCUGUCUGCAUAGCGAACAACCCUACCUUGUCCCUUAAGACAACUUACAAGAAGCGUUGUUGGGCCGGUCUGAAACAUCCCAAUCCCUCUUCUCCCGAUGCCUGCCACAAACCCGCUCGCGGUGCCUUCUCCAAGUACUGCUCAGACGAAUGCGGCAUCGCUUAUGUGCAGUCCCGUAUCGAGCAUUGGGGUGGCGAUAAGGAAAGGUUGUGGCAGAGCGUCAAGAACGCGGACAAACGUGAAGCAGUUGUCGUUCGAUGCAUACCUAAAGCCGAAGUCCCCAACGGAGAUGUUAAAGUGAACGGGAAAAAUCAUCAUAUUCAGUCGACUACGCAGGAAGUUGUGCCUCCUGGUCGGUCCAAGACUCAACGCCAACUCGAUCGUCUCAAUGCUCGUCUGGAUAAGCUUGCUCAGCGGCGUGACGAAAUCAAGAGGGAUAUGGAAAUUGUCUUGUGGCGAGAGAAGCUUCUUGAACUUGCUAUCGCGAGAGCGGACGUAGUCAAUGAAUGUGGUUGGGACCAGAGGCUAUGUUUCGACCAUGAGGAGUACGCCGAAUUCGGUGCAACCGUGUUUGACAGCUAUUCCGACGAAGGCCAGAAGGAAAACGAGGACACCAUGCAAGUCGAUGGGGCUAUAGAAGAUGGAGAGUGGUGGUGCAAAGGCAAGCAGAAAUGUGAACGACAUGCGGGCUGGCAGAAGCUACGUCAAGCAGAGGUCUCGUUCGAGAAAGGCACCAUGGAGGCCUCUCUUGCUUCUCUCACCGCCCAGGAACGGGAACUACGAAAGCAUAUGGAAGAGGUGAUCAACCCGAAUACAAGCAAAGCCCGUAUCAUUGAACAAGUCAGCGUGGCACCAUUAAAACCCUUGCACGAACCUAAUGGAACCACGAAAGUCAAAGCGAACGGCACUUCCACGAAGAAGGGCAAGAAACGUAAGACUGAAGGAUCCUAGUGCCCAACCACGUUGUCUGUCUGCUCUGCAAGCUUGCUUUCGAUAUGUUCUGUGCAUCAUACUCUCAGUCUGGACGCUUUCAUUUUGAAUGCUUAGAUUACUAGUACAACUUGGGUAAUGCGAUUAUGUCUGCCCCAGCGGAGCUCUUGUGAAUACAUGACAUGACAUGCUGCUUGGCGU